AUGACCGACAUUCCCAACGUACCAGCGAGUGAUGUUCUCACACUCAUUGUCUAUAAUGUUUCUCAAUGGAAAACUGUCGAAAAAUCAUUUUAUGAUUAUAAAAAUUUGUGUGAAGUGAUGGGAAAAGGAGCAAUUUCUUAUGAAGAUUAUGAGCAUUGGUUCAAUUAUUGUACCAAAGAAAUUAAUCAGAAAAAUAGACACUUCCUCUCACCAGAUAUUCGAACCUGUGUUCUUUCUGAUGUAAUCGAUGGAAAAUCUGCAAAAAAUUCGUAUAAAGAAUUAAUUGAGAUAUUUUCUAUUGAUGAAAAAGAGCAUGGGAGUUGGUAUGAACGAUUUAUUGAAAAGAGAUUUUCAUUCCCUACAUUCACCGAUUUGCCGAUCGAUGUGAUUUCGAAAAUAGUGGAGAAAUGUGAUUUGAAAACAAAUCUGAUCCUCCGAAAAGUGUCCCGUGAUCUACGAAGUGUCGUCGACCGUUCGAAGCCUGCAUACACUGACAUUCAAGUCACUUCCAGUGCCAACUACAUCAUUCUCGAUUACAAUUUUCGAAUUCUAGUCUAUUCCAAUCAUCAAGUCUUAAAUUAUCUUCAUUUUCCAAUCUUGAUAUAUCCAUAUGAGGAGUACGCGCGGACUGGUCACAGCGAUCUGAAAUUCGCAUUGGGAAAUUCGAAAUUGAAAUUGAAUUCUCUACGAAUCAGCGCAUCUUCAGAUGCCAAUCAUCGAUUUCACUACGGAUUUCCAAGAUUCAGUCAAGAACUUAUGGAAAAUCAAGUGGAUUUAUUCAUUGCUCUUCGCUCUUUUGGUCACAAAAUCCACGUGGAGAACUGCUCGAUUUAUAUGGAUUAUGAGAUGGAUGCGAUGCAAAUUUUGGAAUGUUUGAAGCCAGGAGCACUCAAGUACUUGUCACUGGAAGAGGAUAGACGAAUUGAGAUUUUGGAUCGAGGAGAUCAUCUUUGGAUAAUUAGAGACUUGGCUCAGACGGAGCAGUGGAAACAGGCGGAAUAUCUGAGAAUGGCUAAGAGGAUUAGGCUUAUGGAAUCAGAGAUUCAACAUUUCUUUCAUUUUAAGACAUUUGAGAUUUCUGUUGACUCGAUUUCAGUCAAUGAUGUGGUGGAGUUAGUUGAUGCUCUCUCCAAGUCUCCAAAUUUCGAAUCAUGCUACAUUCAAUCCCGCCUACCACUGGACUUCCAAUUUCUCCAACUAGCUCUACUGCCAGAACGAAAAAUGGCAGUGAUUCCAGCCAUGAAUAUCUACGGGCCGAAAUUUGCUCAAUCGGACAAAACUGAAGCGUUUUCAGAUCGAAAUGAAGAACAAAUUAUGCGUCAUCCGUUCUGUCUUCGUGCACUUAUUCUCUAUGAUAAUUCCCUAUGGAAAACUGAUGAGAAAUCAUACGAAAAUUAUAAGAAACUGUGUGAAGCAAUGGGAGAAGGAGCGAUUUCGUAUGAAAACUAUGAGUAUUGGUUCAAUCAAUAUCUCAGAGAAAACUAUUCUAGAUGGUUCCCAAGAACCCGGAUAUUCGAUAUUCGUGGAUGCAUUCUCUCUGACGUCCUCUACAGAAAACCUUGUGGAAAAUCGAUCGAUGAUUUGUGUGAUGCAUUCGAAAAUCAAAAAAUCGAUAAGGAAGACCAUGAUUAUUGGUAUAAACGCUUUCAAAAUGGACACCUAUUCACUCGUAAAACAUUCUCUAAUCUUCCGAAUGAAAUUAUCGCUGAAAUCGUAGAAAAAUGUGAAGACCUGGAGUCAUAUUUAAAUCUUCGGGAAGUGUCACGUCGUCUCCGAGACAUUGUCGAUCGUUCAAAACCUGCUUUCAAGAAUAUUAAUAUCGAAUGCCAUGGAAAUAAUAUUAUUGUCAGCCUGAACGAUCAAAUCAAUUUAUAUUCAAAUAUAGCGAAGGAGUCCGAUAAUAAACGCACAGAGAAGGUGUUCAGCUGUUUGAAGUUGGCAUUCAACAAUCCGAAACUUCAAUUGGAUAUCCUUCACAUUGAAUGUUGGAAUGCAAACCGCUCGCAAUCUUUCAAAGUUCUUCCCAAUUUUUUCAUCUCGUUGAAUCACCAACUCCACGUGGAGGAAUUAUCAUUACGAGCGACCAAUCUGGAUGAUGUGUUAACCGUUUUGAAACGUUUGAAGUCUCGCGUAUUGAAAAAGUUGACACUGGAACUAUACUUUCCGAUAGAUAUCAGUCGAUUGAUCGAGAUGGAACAAUGGAAAUAUUUAUCUACAUUAUAUCUUUUUCUUCAAUCAAUUCCUCUUGACAUAAUCGUCAGAUUGGUUGAGACUGCCUCUCAAUCGAUCUACUUCAAGAGUUGUGAAAUACAACUUUGGGAAGCAUAUGAUGAAGGCACUAUCGUAGAAAUAUUGCAUCUCCAACAAACUGAUUCUCCUGAAGUGUUUUCUAUUCCAAAUUCGGAUCUCGUCCUUGAAUUUCGAAAAAUGUCUGUGACUCCAGCAAUGAGUAUUUACGAGUCAACAUUUGCACAAUCGGACAAAACUGAUGCAAUUCUGGUGGUAGAGGGAAAGAAGUUGCAUGUCAGCAAAGCAGUACUCUCAUUCCAUUCCGAGUACUUCAAGACGCUCUUCGAUAGGGAAUUCAAGGAUAAAUCGAUGCCGGAAUAUCCGAUUGAAGACACCAAUUUCGAAGAUUUCGCCGCACUCUUGAGUCUUCUCUACCCUUGUCCAAUCGAGCCGACGGAAGAAAACGCCGAGAAACUUCUGGAACUUGCCGAUCGAUUCCUCAUUCCAUCUGCCAAAUAUUCGUUGGAACUAUUCGUGAAAACGUGCUUUAUGGAUGAAAUUGACAAGAUUCGAAAUGCCGACAAAUACAAAUUCAAGGAUUCUCCAAUCGAUAUUUGUGCACUCAUUAUUUAUGAUAGCUCUCAAUGGAAAACUGCUGAGAAAUCAUAUGAAAAUUAUGAAAAGUUGUGUGAAGCAAUGAGAAAACCAACGUUUUCAUUUAACGACUAUAAAUAUUGGUUCAAAAAGUAUUCCAAACAAAGAGGAAGAGAUGAUCUCCCGAUUCCUGACAUUCGUGGAUGCAUUCUAUUAGAUUUCAUCAAUGGAAAAUCAGCUGGAAAAUCGAUGGAUGACUUGUGUAAAGCAUUCAAACAACAUAAAAUCAAUAGGGAAGAUCAUGAUUACUGGUACCAACGAUUUCAAAAUGGACACCUAUUCAAUCCAAUUACAUUCUCCGAUUUGCCCGAAGAUGUGAUAACUGAAAUUGUGGAGAAAUAUGAUAUUAAGGCAUAUCUUCAACUCCGAAAAGUGUCCCGUGGCCUCCGAAGCAUUCUCGAUCACUCAAAACCACCACUUACAUUUAUCGCAGUUCGUUUUGGAGAAAACCACUUCACCUUCGAUCUAAACUGUAAAGUAACAGUCUGUUAUACUGAUAUGAACGGCGUGAACCCUUCUUCAUAUUUUGGUGAACAUUUCUACAAGUUUGUGGACGACGAUUACGCGAAGGUGGCAUUCAACUAUUUGGAAGUGGUGCUGAAAAAUCCGAAACUUCAAUUGUACAAUUUUCGGGUUGGAAUUUCCAAUGAUACGCAUAAUAAAAGCAAUCAAAUGUUUCGUGAUCUUCUCAGCUCAUUGAGUCAUAAAAUCCACGUGGAACACAUUUUCUUUGAUGAUCAAAAGGACGAGGAUAUAAUUGCUGUGCUGAAAUGUGUGAAACCUGGAACACUCGAACGAUUGAUAGUGUUCGGAUGCAAAGGCGGAGAACUCUCGACUAUUGAUGAAUUGGUCGAAAUGGAACAAUGGAAACAAGCUAAAAUCUUUUCGAGCGAUCAACUUCUACACACAUCGAUCGAGCACUUCUUCCAUUUCAACGAGUUUUACAUCAAUAUUGUGUCGUUGUCGACUGAAGACGUGAUGAAUCUGUCACACGCUGUCUCCAAUUCACCCGAUUUCAAGAUCUGUCAAGUAAACGUUAAAAGAUACGAUCAGGAAGCUGUCGAGAAAGCGCUGCGCAUUUAUCAGUAUAAUUGCUCCGAACUCUAUCCAAAUCUUGUCUUCUAUCUUUCCCCAAAUUGUAUUGAAAUAUAUUUGAAUGUAACUGAUGUUUGA